UUAAUUAUUAUUUUUUUACCCGUUGGAAUGGUAACCUGUUGCACCGGUUCCAGAGCCUCCUCGAGUUUCAGAGCCUCUCUUCCGCGGUGGGAUUUCAGAGCGUCUCUUCGUCGAUAGUGACGGGAUUGAUUGGCGGCGACGGCGAAUCUGCAUCUGAAUUAGGGCGACGGCGACAACGAACCUGCAUCAAGGGGCGAUGGUGACGGCGACACUGUGAGAAGAAAGAGAUUGGGGGUUCCGUUUCUCGACUCUCAGAGCUCCCGACUUCGCAUGCGGCAUGUCAUAGGCGGAACAACAUCACUUGAUCUGAAUUCUUAAGGGUUCCUUUGGGGGAGUCGGAAUUCCCCACUGUAGAUGGAGAGUUGCAGUGCUGAGGAGGGAUUCUUCGAUACUAGGGAAGAGGUCUCUUCCAUCUCCGAUUGGGCUUCCGAUUCCGACGGCAACGGUGUUUUCGCUAAUUCUCAGUUCGAGAUUUGGGCUGAAGCUCGGGAGUCGUUUGAAGAUGGUGCUUCGGAGGUGUGGGAUUUGAACACCGAGGAGUGCAUUCAAACACUCAAGGCACACGAUGGUGCUGUGACGUUUGUUAUCUGCUGGAAUACGGCCCUGGUGUCUUGCUCACUGGAUAAGAAGGUCAAGUUCUGGGGUUGCGCUGAAGAUGACAGUGAUGAUAUAAGCCUUUUGUACACACAUGAAGAGGAAAGUGCUGCAGUUGCUCUUGGUGGGAUGAAUGAUUCCGAAGGAAAACCAGUCUUGUUCUGUUCGUGGAGCAACUGUAGUAUUUGGUUAUACGAGUUGCCAACACUCGAAGAGCGUGGAAGGAUUUACUCACAGAAGGAAGUAAGAGCAAUUCGAAGUGGGCCUGACGGUUUGUUUUUCACAGGGGACGCAAAUGGUGUCGUCAGCGUCUGGAAGUGGGCCAAAGCUGAUGCUGCUUGAUUCUUUGCUUCCGUUGUCCUCAAUUGUACACAGAGAGUUAUAUCUGAAGUUAGAAUUUUGACAUGUAAAGUCACGACAUGGGAUUCCAUUUCAUUGUUGGAACCCAGAGUAGGCUACCGCGCUGAAUUUUUUCAAUGUAUCAGUGUGGCAGUGCCAUAGAAGAAGCAACAAUCAGUUGCUUCUGAUUCUUUUGUAUCCAUGUACCGCAAACAAAGUAAACACAAAGUAAAUACAAAUUAGUACAUAAGCAGGAAAAGGUCAUUUUCUUAAUUAUCACAAACAUACUUGUAUAUGUCGAAGCAAUAACAUUGAGAAAUAAAU